AUGGCGAUGGUGCUGGUAGGCUUUUCGGUGCGCGGCGCUGAUUGUUAUGGAGUGCCCGCUUCCGCCGCCCUGGAACGGAGACAGGCCACUACGACAAGCUCGACUUCAUUUACGACGACGACGACUUCGGUGAGGUCGACGGUCACGGUUUCGGCAAGGACCACGAUUCCUUCGACGGCGCCGACGGCGUCGGGGACGAUGCGCGCGAUCCCCAGCAUCGCCGAUACAAAGUGCGAGAGGUUCUGGCAGAAUACGGCGAUUCACAACAACUCGCUGUACGCGGAUGGAGGCAGCUUUUCUGAGUUGGAGGGUUACAUCAAAGGACCGAGUAAUCUCACCAUGGUCCUCGACCUGACACGGGAAUUCUCGACGGAAGCGCCACCCUACACGACAAUAUCGAAACCCGACAAGUCAACCUUCUCAAUGGGCAUGCUGUUUUCAUGGAAGGACACAUUGUACCAGUUCCAGGGCUUCGCGCACGUCUUCGAGUACACGCAACCGCUGUAUGGCGCAUCCCGCGAGUGGUGGAACAACUAUGGCAGCAAGCGGCGCACCGGCCAGACAUUCCGGCUGUGGAGCCUUGACUCUGGGAAGGAGUGGGUUGCCGGCCAGCUGUUCACCGAGACCGAGCCGCAGAGGGCCGGUAUUGGAGCUUCGGCGGUGAUGGAGAGACGCGGGAUGGGGUAUUACCUGGGCGGCGCCAUCGUUAAUGCGGACGGAAAGUACGAGCAAUCACUCUACGAGUUGAUGACGGUUUGGGACGUGCGGAACAGUAAAUGGGAGGCGGUCAGGGGUCCCGAUCAGCCAAAGGUGGGACGCGUGAACGGCGUUCUGGUCGCGAUGGAGGAGUUCGGCUCGAGCGGGAUGUUGCUGGCGAUGGGAGGGGUUCGUGCGUCGUCGUCCAACGUGAGCGUCGACCAGGAAGGGCUCGAUUUCCGAAUGGUCCAACUCUACGACGUCGCGACAAAGACGUGGAUGUCGCAGGAAACCAGCGGCCUCGACUCGAUGCCGGACCCGAGACUGGACUUUUGCGCCGUCGUCGCUACCGCGCCCGAUCGCUCGAGUGCCCAGAUCUACGUCUGGGGUGGCCUGAACUAUGAGGACAACCUCGACGCUCCCAUCGACAUGUACAUCUUGACUCUGCCUUUCUUCCGCUGGAUCAAAGUGCCGUUUUCGGAGGUUCCCCGUGGAUCCAAGAGUGGUCAUCGAUGUCAGACAUAUAACAGCCGGCAAAUGCUUAUCGUCGGCGGCCAACAGGGCCGUUUCGCCACGGGAGCGGCCUCUAUCGGUCCCGCCGAAUACAUCGUUCCAGGCACCAGCGAUGAUGUACCCAUCGAGGGGACCAACUGCGUCAAGGGCGGCAUGGGCAUUCAGAUCUUUGACACGACAACCCUCGAGUUCGUGAAUACGUUCGAUCCCACCGUGAACACCUACGAGAUCCCCGAGACCGUAUACAAGCUUAUCGGCGGAGAUAAAUCCGGCAAUGCAACCGCAACCUCUCCACAAGUAGGCUGGACCGACGAGUCCCUGGGGACAGCGUUCAACCUGGCGCCGGUCAACCUCCCCGACGCCACCACCAGCACCACCCCCGGCGCGAACACCACCACAGAAUCAAAAAGCAACACGGGCGCAAUCGCCGGCGGCGUGGUAGGCGGGCUCGCCGCCGUCGCCAUCGCCGCAGGCAUCUUCUUCUGGCUCCGCCGAAGAAAAUCGCAGCAUUCCCCCCCGCCCCAAUCCGCGCCCACGUACGAAACUGCCAUGCCCCAGAACGUCGAGUACAACAAAAUGCCAGACCACCUUGCUGAGGCGCCGGCGUAUACGAUGAAGCCGCCGGGCCCCGUGGAGGCGGGCGGCCGCCCGGUCACGGCGUCGACGGAGUUGCCCGCCGAACAGUAUCCGCCCGCGGAGCUGUGGGGCGAUGAACCGAGACGGAGUGAGUUGGCGCGGUAG